GACCUCCUUUGGCGCUGGAAAUGGCUGCUUGGCUCUUCUUCUUCGAUCCUUUCGAAAAAUGGCGAUGACCCUUCGACUGAAAUCGAAACCCAUCUCGGCAGAAGAAGAAGAAGAAGAAGAAGGAGAAGAACCCACGCACUCAUCUCGCUCUGGCGAUGAACUCGCGAAGAAAUCGACGAGGGUCGAUCUUGGAAACGGGAGCGAAGUCGUGUACACGCCUCGCUUCCUCUCGCGCGACGAGUCCUGGCGGUUUUGCGACUACCUCGACAAGCACAUUCCUUGGACGAGACCCUCCAUCCGGGUCUUUGGUCGCUCUUGUUUGCAGCCCAGAGAUACUUGUUAUGUCGCGAAUGUCGGUCUGACAGACUUGGUGUACAGUGGAUAUCAACCACAUGCCUACUUGUGGGACGAUUAUCCUCCGCUCAAGGAAAUCUUGGAGGCAGUUCACAAGGCACUUCCUGGGAGUAAAUUCAAUUCCCUUCUUCUAAAUAGAUAUAAAGGUGGCAAUGACUACGUCGGUUGGCAUUCUGACGACGAGAAACUAUAUGGAUCUACUCCAGAAAUCGCCUCUGUUUCCUUUGGAUGUGAGCGUGAGUUUUUCCUCAAGAAGAAACCCAGUAAAACCUCCCGAGAAAGAAGACCGGGUGGUGAACCGGUGAGAAAACGAUUGAGAAUCAGCAGUGGUGCUGAUCAACAUACAUUUGUCCUGAAGCAUGGCUCCUUGCUAGUGAUGAGAGGCUACACUCAACGGGAUUGGAUCCACUCGGUACCAAAGCGUGCCAAAGUGGAGGGGGUCCGGAUCAAUCUGACCUUCAGGCGCAUCGUCUCAUAGUUGAUGGAAUUGCACAAACAAAGAAACAGAAGGAGAUCAGCAUUGUUUUUCUCAUACCCAUCUGCUGCGUCUGUGUUGUGGAGAUGCUACUUGUAGUUUGCUGUCUUUUGUGCGCUCUUAUUCAUUGUCAGACGAGAGAUUGGAUUAUACUAAUCCUCAGUUUAAGUCCUUAUAUUUCUGAGUAAUCGUCAAGCAGCUAAUAUUAUUAUCCUUUUCCUUUUGGGUUC